UACUCCAGGCCACGGUCUUGCAGUCAUCUCCGCAGCGCCACCUAGCGCACGGCACAGGGAAACACGUGCCGCGAUCCCGGCAUGCCUUUCGCGCCGCAACGACUCGGCUCCUGUCUUCACCGAGGGCGAGAGGCGGUGGCGGACAUGUUGGGAUGGCCCGUUAAAGCGCAGUCCUUGGUUUCUUUGGAAAUUUAACGAAGAGAAAGAAGCUCGGAAUAAAAAGAAAAAAGUGGAACACAAUGGAUGCGGUCAACGCGUUUAACCACGAGCUGUUCUCCCUGAUGGACUCGAAACCUCCAAUCUCCAGGGCUAAGAUGAUCUCCAUUACAAAGUCUGCAAUAAAAGCCAUUAAAUUAUACAAGCAUGUUGUCCAGAUUGUUGAGAAAUUCAUCAAGAAGUGCAAGCCAGAGUAUAAAGUACCAGGACUCUAUGUUGUGGACUCCAUUGUGCGACAGUCACGGCAUCAGUUUGGUGCAGACAAGGAUGUGUUUGGUCCCCGGUUCACCAAGAACAUCACUGGGACGUUUGAGAACCUCUGCUUAUGUCCCACAGAGGAUAGGAGUAAGAUCGUCCGUGUCUUGAACCUGUGGCAAAAGAAUGGUGUGUUUAAGAUUGAGGUGAUCCAGCCUCUGCUGGAUAUGGCUGCUGGAUCCAGCAGCUCAGGCCCAGUUCCAGGUGUGGACAAUGGCCCAGUUGCAUCUCCUUCGUCCCCAGUAAGGGAGGCUGAGAGUCACACAGCUGUGCCAGUUAACUCUGUGCAGGCACCCGUGGCAACGCUGCAGAACUCUGAUGCCUUUGCUGCUGUAGCUCAGCUCUUCCAGUCCUCACAAGGCCAACAGCUCCAGCAGAUGCUCCAGACGUUCCAGCAGCCUGGGAAGCCCCAGUCUCCAGCUCUGGAGAAUAAUAUGUUGACUCAUCUCCAGAUACAAGCCUCUAUUCAACCACCCACAGGUUUGACACAGAGCCACAUACACACCACACAGCCUGCAGAGAAGAAAGCCACAUUCGACAAGAAAAUUCUUGACCGUUUUGAUUAUGAUGAUGAACCAGAAGGAGGGGAAGAGACAAAGAAGGAUGAGGCAUCCACUGUCCAACCUGCCUUUGCCUUUGGAGAGGGUGUCCAAAUCCCUCAGCAGACUUCAGUAGUCUUUUCUCAAGCUCCCAGUCAGAUGCAACAAUUUCAACAGCAGAUGAUGGGCAUGAGCCAAGAACAACAGGUUCCAUCUCCAAAUGGACAAUCUCAGGCUUUCAACCGAAUGCCCCCUCAACCCUACCCAGGGAUGAUUCCACCAGGUGUAGUACCAGCUGGUUUCCCUGGAUCCUUCCCUCCUCAAAACAAUGUCUUUCCUCAACUAAUGGGUGGACAGCAGCAUCAGGAGGUCCCUGGGGAGUUAGACACAAGACAGCACCAAGAUGGCGGGAGAACACGGUCAAGGUCUGGUUCAAGAUCUCCUAAAAGAAGGCGUUCACGGUCAGGGUCCCGUUCCAGACGCUUCCGACAUCGGCGGUCGCGCUCUCGCUCCAGAGAAAGGCGGCGCCACUCGCCUCGCUCUCGCUCUCAGGAGAGAAGGGAACGGGAGAAGGAGCGAGAACGCAGACAGAAAGGCCUACCUCCCAUCAAACCUGACACUUUAAGUGUGUGCAGCACUACACUUUGGGUUGGCCAGCUGGACAAAAGGACACAACAGCAGGACGUGGCAUGUCUCUUAGAGGAGUUUGGCCAGAUAGAGUCCAUAAACAUGAUUCCUCCUCGAGGUUGUGCCUACAUCGUCAUGGUUCAUCGUCAGGAUGCUUUUCGAGCUCUCCAAAAGCUAAGCAGAGGCACUUACAAAGUUAACCAAAAAGCCAUAAAGAUUGCUUGGGCUCUGAACAAAGGAAUUAAGUCAGAGUUUAAGCAGUAUUGGGACGUAGAGCUCGGUGUCAGCUAUGUUCCAUGGUCCAAAGCCAAAAUGGAAGAUCUGGAAGUUUUUAGAGAGGGAGGCAUGCUGGAUACCGAUACCCUCUCCCCAGAAUGGAAAGGGGUGCAGGGUGAACUGGAGACUUCAGAUGACGCACCUCAAAAUGGCAGAGGUGACGUAGGGCAGAUGGAGGAGAGCCCAGCACUUCUCCCUGUGCAGGCUGCUCCGGUCCAGCCGGUAGGACCCUCUGGGCCAGUUGGAGUUCCACCCCCAGGUUUUCCUGCUUCCAUGAAUAUCCCACCACCAUCAUUUCCACCUGGCGUUCCUCCUCCACCUGGACCUUUUAUGAGGCCUGGCUUUAACCCUAUGCAGAUUCCUCCUGGAUUUCUGCCCCCGGGUGGAAUGCCUCUUAUUGGCACUGCCGGACCCCCUCUUCCCACAGCAGGCAUUGGCAUCCCACCAGUUGGCAGCUCAGUUGAGGAUUUGUCUGGUGAUCCGGGAGGCAUGGGCUCCAGGAUCAGUAGGGAUGGUGUUGACAGUUUCAACACUGGUCCAGGUAACCCGGUUCCACCAGUACCUCCACCUGGAAUGAACAUGCAAAAUCCACCAGGGCUUUUGGGUACAAGACCAGGGUCGAUGCCACUUCAGCGCCCUCCAGGCAUGCCCCCACCACCUCACUUGCAGCGCUUCUCGAUGCCUCCCCCAAGGCCCGGGAUGCCUCCCAUGCCACACCAGAUGAUGCCCCCCAGGGGCCCUCCACAGAUGAUGCAUCGUGAGCCCCCUCCGGGGAGUUUUGGCAUGCCUCCACCUCCGUCACACGUCAUCCGAGCCCCUUUCCCACCUCCAGGCCCUCCAUUUAGGGGAGAGAGGAACCGAGAGCAGGAGCGCUUUGGAGGGCGCAGGCAGUUUGGGGGUGAAAGGUCAGAAGGGCGUGAACGUUUUGGGGGCUGGCAUGAAGAGCCGGAGUCAAGGGGAGGCUGGGAGAGAGCGGGGUCACGAAGAGACUGGAGAAGUCCUGAUGGAGAGAGAGAAAGGGAGAGGGAGCCAGGGAGAGAUGAGGAACGGGGGAAACGCAGAGACAGAGAGAGAAGCACUCGCUGGGACAGGGACGAUAGACUCGACAAACUUGAGCCUAACGGACACGAGAUGCUCAGAGACUCAAGCAGCCGUGAAGGCCAUAAAGAUUCUACAAAUGAAAUUCCUCAUGCCAAGGCAGAAGCUCCAGCUCCUUCAAAAGAAGGAAGUGCAGAGAAAGAAAAUCAGAGCCAACCUGCAGAACAAAAACAAGCAGAUGAAUCCUAGGUCCCACUGGGUUGUGGAUGGAACUCAAAACGUUUUUUUUUUUUUUUUCUUUUCUAAUCAGAAGCGUGUUUUGUGUGAUCUUUUGCUAAAAUGUAUAGGAAUACAUAGGACUAGUGGGACCGAUACAAUCGCAUCGCAUGGGCUUAGAUGUGAAGGAAGCGAUCCAUUAUGUAAAGAGGAAAAAAACUAAUAAAAAACAUCAUUCUUACAGUCUAGACCAGGCCAGGCCAGUGCCCUGUGUGCACUGAUUUCAAAUAAUACACAUACUCCAUAUUCAUACCUUGGGAUUCUUGGGCACUACAAACUGAUCAGCAGAACUAGUUCAGAAACAUGCUUCAUUCUUAAACACGCUUCAUUUUUUUAAAGUCCAUGGUUAAAUUCUAACAUCAAUGCCUGGUCUUCCUCCGAAGAUUUCACUGACUUCACCGUCAAGUGUCUGGCUAACAUGGAGAACCGUCCUGUGAUUCAGUGUCCCAAUAUUGAGUUAAAAUCUUGUAGUAAGCCAGUGUUUCAUAUCCCUGUCCUGCACAUUUUGGUGGUUUUCCUGCUUUAACAUGCCCCCCUGUAAAAUUCAUGAAGGGCUUCUUAUGUUAAAUAAUUGAGUCAGGCAUGUUGGGACAAGGGGCCAAGCUAGAGUGGACAGUGCAGGAGCAUCCCCUGAGAAAACUGGUUAGAAAAAGGUUUUUAAACAACAAAAAAAAGAAAAAAGAACUGCUGUAAAUAUGCUUACAUUACUUUAAUAAUAUUUGUAGAUUUGGAGGUUUUUCUGAAGUAUUCUUCUGUCAGUGUCACCGAUGGAAACCUUGACUAAAACACAAAACAAAGCCCCCUUUGCUGUAAUGUUUUUAACCUACAGUGUUUACAUUGUACCAGAGAUGAGAUGUUUGUAUAAUUUUUAAGUUUGUGCAGAUGUGAACUCAUUUAAUAUUUCAGCAAUGGGGAAUCAGUUUUAAUAAACUAUUUUCAUACCAAAAUGAGAAA